AUGACGUCCCAGGCUCUGUAUUCGCUCGCAGCCACAGCAGCCACCGCAACAAGCGGCUUGGUGCACUCGUUCGCGACAGCUGCGCCUGGGGAGCCGGAUGAGCCUAGAUAUCAGGACCAGGCGCGAGGUCAGCGUGAUUUAGUCACUCAGAUUGUGAUCAGCGUCACAUUCGGAUUCAGUGCCUUCAUCACCUUCUGUAUUCUACGGCCCAAAUGGAGUGCUCUUUAUGCAGCGCGGCGGAAGAUGAGGAGUGCUGCGUCGAGGCUGCCUGACCUCCCGGAUUCAAUGUUUGGAUGGAUUCCGGUGUUAUACAAGAUCAGUGAUGAGGAAGUUCUAGCUUCAGGAGGACUAGAUGCAUAUGUGUUUCUGCUAUUUUACAAAUACUCCAUCCACUUCCUUUCGAUCGUCUUUUUCUUUUCCGUCGUCGUUAUUCUCCCAGUGCGUUAUUCGUACACCGGAGAGACAGGAUAUCCAUGGGAUGGUGACAAAGGAGAAGAUCCCGAUGAUUCAGACAAGAAGCCAAAAACCGACCCAACGUUUCUCUGGCUGUAUGUUGUGUUUUCUUACGUAUUUACCGCAGUGGCGGCCCACCUCCUUAUCCGCUACACGAAUCGAAUCAUACAAAUACGACAAAAGUAUCUGGGAGGACAAACCUCUAUGGCAGAUAGAACAAUUCGGCUUUCUGGGAUUCCCGUUGAAAUGCAGUCCGAGGAGAAAAUUCAAGCUUUCAUCGAGGGAUUGGAAAUUGGAAAGGUCGAAAGUGUUAUGCUAUGCCGUGACUGGAGGGAGCUGGAUAGAUUGAUGGAAGAACGGAAACGCACCCUUCAGCGUCUUGAAAAGGCAUGGGCGAAAUACCUUCGGUACCGAGGAGGUAAACUAGGUGUGCAGACUAACAGAGCUGCUCGGAUACCGUCAGCAGUUGACGCGGAUGACGCAGCAGAGGAUGCUCGGCUGCUAUCCGAUAGCCAUAAUAUAGAGGCAGCCCAUGUCUCGGAAUGCUCACAAGCUCGACCCAAGACUAGGUUAUGGUUUGGUCCUCUGAAGCUCCGGUUUAAAUCCAUCGAUGCUAUCGACUACUACGAAGAAAAACUGCGUCGGCUGGACGAAAAUAUCGAGGUCGCUCGUCAAAAGGAAUGCCCACCCGGGGCUUUGGCAUUUGUCACAAUGGAAUCUAUUGCUGCCUGUCAAAUGGCGGUUCAAGCUAUCCUCGACCCUUGGCCGAUGCAACUUGUCGCCAAUUUAGCACCCGCCCCAGCAGACGUAGUCUGGCAACACACCUAUCUAUCCCGGGCUGAAAGAAUGAUACGAGGCUGGACUAUUUCUACUAUCAUUUGUGUCCUUACCGUUUUCUGGUCUCUUUUUUUGAUUCCACUGGCCUACCUGCUUAAUUUGGAGACCCUUGAGAAGGUAAUUCCACGGCUCGCCGAGACGUUGGCUGAACACCCGUUGCUCAGGUCCCUGAUGCAAACUGGUCUUCCAACUUUGACACUCUCUUUGCUCGCAUUGGCAGUUCCAUAUAUAUACGACUGGUUGGCCAACGUGCAAGGCAUGACCUCCCAGGGAGAUGUGGAGCUAUCUGUCAUCUCAAAGAAUUUCUUCUUUACAUUCUUUAAUCUUUUCCUUGUCUUUACAGUCUUUGCGACAGCCUCGAAUUUCUAUCGUCUUUGGGAAAAUCUCCGUGAUGUCUUCAAAGAUACAACAACCAUAGCCUUCGCGCUAGCUCGCUCCCUUGAGAAGCUUGCGCCCUUCUAUACUAACCUAAUAGUUCUACAAGGUCUAGGUUUAUUUCCUUUCCGCCUGUUGGAAUUUGGAAGUGUGUUCUUAUAUCCUUUCCAACGGAUGUGCGCAGUCACUCCUCGCGAUUAUGCUGAUCUAAGAAAGCCUCCGAUCUUUUGCUACGGUUUCGCACUGCCACCUACCAUUUUUAUUUUCAUUGUCUGCCUUGUGUACAGCGUUUUCCCAAGCUCAUGGCUCGUUUGCCUCUUUGGACUGAUAUACUUCAACAUUGGCCAAUUCAUAUACAAAUACCAACUUCUAUACGCCAUGGAUCAUCAGCAGCACUCCACUGGCCGAGCAUGGCCAAUGAUCUGUAGCCGAAUCAUACUUGGCUUGGUGGUGUUCCAGUUGACAAUGAUCGGGAGUCUUGCUCUUCGAUCGGCCAUCACACGGUCCAUCAUGAUAAUCCCAUUGCUGUGUGCAACAGUCUGGUUUUCAUACUUUUUCUCUCGCACAUAUGACCCGCUGAUGAAUUUCAUCGCUCUCCGAAGCAUCGAUCGUGGCCGUACGACUGACAGCGACGAAUCGCCAACGCCCACUUCAACCUUUUCUCCCCCUUCACAGUGGGAUAGGGACUCCAUACCUCUUCGACUACGAGGCCGUGACGUGGCUCCUAGACUGAAGAAAUAUGUUAACCCAAAUCUAGUCAUUCCUCUCGACCCGGCAUGGAUUCCGGGGCAGCCAGGGGAUCACAACAACGAAUACAGCCUCUUUCCACACAAUGGGAUUUCAGCAGCUGAGUGGGGGUCGGUUUAA